AUGGUAGGAUAUAAAAGAAAAGGAUUUGAUUACAGUUUAAAAAUAACGUAUUUCCAAGGAUUUCGUCAUGAUUAUUUACGUGAACACUAUUUACCUACAUUGAAUCGAUUUCGUAAUGAGGGUGUACGAGCAGCACAUGGAAUGCAACCUGUAUUUACUACAUUGACGUAUCCUAAUCAUAUUUCAAUCGCAACAGGAAUGUAUCCAGAAGAACAUGGUAUUGUACAUAAUUCAUUCUAUGAUCGAUUAUUAAAAUUAACUAUUCGAUUGGAUAAUCGUGAUGAUGGACAAUGGUCUGAUCCAAAAGUAGAACCUAUAUGGAUUACUGCAACAAAACAAAAAGUAAAAUCUGCAGUUCUUUUCUGGCCAGCAUGUCAUAAUGAGUUUUAUGGCGUGCGUCCACUUAUCUAUAGUUGGUUGUACACUGAUAAUGUAUCAUUUCGUGAAAAAAUUGACAAUGCUAUAGGUUACUUUCGUGAAUUACCAGUUCAAUUCGUUAUGUUAUACCAUUUGUAUAGUUCAUAA